AUGGUUUCGCUUCGCACUCUUCUUCUAACACUUGCCUUGCUGGUAACAGCAGAAUGUACUUUCAACUGGACGAGCUGCGAUCCAGCUCAGUUCGACUCUUCCACCGUUCCAGUGCCGUUCGAAUGCGGAACACUAGAUGUGCCCUUUGACUAUACCUCCCACAACUCCAGCGAAAAGCUUACGCUUAAGCUUAUCAAGGCUCCUGCGCCAUUAGGUUCCAAAGGAACCAUACUGUUCAACAUGGGCGGCCCGGGCGUUUCUAAUCGAAAUGACUUUUCUACACUUGCACCCAUCCUGAUCCCCUUGACCGGUGGUCAAUAUGACCUAGUAACUUUUGCUUUUGACACCCGCGGAACCGUUGACACCAUUCCGUUCAGGUGCCACAAAGACCCUGUUGAGCAGUUCCGCGCGUUCUUCUCCCAAGAGCCUUCCAACUCCUCAGAUACUUCGUUGGGGAAACUGUGGACGCGUGGAGCGGCUGAUGCUGAGGCCUGUAGUACAUAUGCAGCCAAGGAUGGAGCUGUCUUGACCACAGCUUUUGUGGCAAGGGACUUAAUGCGAGUCGUUGACGCUCUGGACGAAGACGGUCUACUCAGGUAUUAUGGCUUUUCGUAUGGCAUCACUCUGGGUGCAACAGCAGCUGCCAUGUUCCCUGACCGCAUCGACAAGAUGAUCCUCGAUGCCGUUCAGAAUGUGCAUGAGUAUUACCAUGCACAGGCUAACUUUGAGGAAUGGGAACUGUCCGACCAGCUCUUCUCUGCAAUUUUCCACCACUGCGUUGAAGCUGGUCCCGAACUCUGCCCGCUUGCUUCAUAUAACCAAACAGCUGAGGAACUGGAAGCUGCUGCCUGGGACCUUUUGGAAGCCACCAAGUAUCAACCUGCGCCUGUAGGCAAACUUGUGGUGGAUUACCCAGCCCUCAAGACGUUAUAUGCCCAGGGUCUUUACUCCCCGAGGUCCUGGCCUUCUCUGACGGCCGUCGUUGACCACCUGGCCUUUGGUGGUGAAAAUGCCGCAAUUCCUCUCGACACGAUUCUGGCCGGUUUGCCGUCCAUCAACACUACUGCUGUAACUCUUCCAAGCCUUAUAAUCGGCGACAUGGCCUUGGCGGGCAUCUAUUGCGGGGACAACCAGGUCCGCACAAAAAGCUUCGCUGACUUUCUCCCUGCUGUUGAGAAGCUCUACAAGACAAGCUCUGUGAUGGGAGACGUCGCAAUGGGCUCUUAUGCCAGAUGUCAGCAAUGGAAGAUCAAGCCUAAGGAGACCUACACCCGAAGCUUUGACGUGCGAACCAAGAACCCGAUUUUGUUUGUUGGAAAUACUUUGGACGGACAUACCCCUCUCAAGUCUGCUUACAAUGUGAGCUCCGGCUUCGAGGGUAGUGUUGUAUUAGAGGUCGACGGUUUUGGUCACGGGAGCAGCUCUGUACCAUCCGAAUGCUCUCUAAAGACUAUAUCCGCCUACUGGGCCGAUGGGACGCUACCUGAGUCGGGCACGCGGUGCGAUAGGAGUGUUGAACCAUACACUGGGGAAUGGUGGCCGAAAGUGUUUACGGACGCUGGUGUGAAUGCCAGUUGGAUCGCUGAACGAAUGCCGGUUGGGCUUGGAAACGAGCCAGCCACUCAAUUCCAGAAGGGCAUAACAUGUGAUUCACAUAGUGCAUAUUAG